CUGCAAGCGGCCGCCCCCCCCCCCAGCCGAGCCGGCGCAAAGUUGCUGGCGGGUCGCGCCCGAGAUCCGGACUUACAAAGCCAAGGCAGCGGCCGCUCCGUGCCUCUCUUUCCUUUGCUCCGCAGGAAGACAGAAGGAGAAACCCUGCCAGAGCGGCUCUGCGGGUCGUCUCGUCCUCUCCCCGGACCGUGCCUUCGCCGGCGGGUUUCUGGCAAGCGGGAGCUGGUCUGCAGCGCAGCCGGAGGGGAGGAGAGGAGCCGCGGUGAGAGGUGACUCUCUCUGGCUCCUGGGCUCGGCUGCGGAGAAGCGGGGCAAGUUUCCUGGGGCUGGCCGGCGCCGAGGAGCUCUGGAGCCGGGAGUGAGGCGGCGAGCCCGCGAGCCCCUCGCCUCCCUCCGCCGGGAGAGGAGCGCCCCUCGCCCCGCCCCAGCGCGAUGGCCGGCGAGCUGAGCAUCGGCCCCGAGCUGCCCACCAGCCCCCUGGCCAUGGAGUACGUCAACGACUUCGACCUGAUGAAGUUCGACGUGAAGAAGGAGCCGCUGGGCAGAGCCGAGCGCCCAGGCAGGCACUGCACGCGCCUCCAGCCGGCCGGCUCGGUCUCCUCCACCCCCAUCAGCACGCCCUGCAGCUCGGUGCCCUCCUCGCCCAGCUUCAGCCCCACCGAGCAGAAGACUCACCUGGAGGACCUCUACUGGAUGGCCAACAGCUACCAGCAGAUGAACCCGGAGACGCUCAACCUCACCCCGGAGGACGCGGUGGAAGCCCUCAUCGGCUCCCACCAGGUGCCCCAGCCGCUCCAGAGCUUCGAGAGCUUCCGCGCGGCAGCCGCCCACCACCAUCACCAUCACCACCACCAGCACCACCACCACCAGUACGGCGGGGUCCCCCACGAAGACCUGGCCGGCCCGCACCCGCACCCGCACCCGCACCAUCACCCGCACCACCACCCGCACCACCACCAGGCCUCCCCCACCCCCUCCACCUCCUCCAGCUCCUCCCAGCAGCUCCCCAACACGCACCAGCCGCACCCCUCCUCCUCCUCCUCCUCCUCCUCGUCCUCCAGCAGCGUGGAGGACCGGUUCUCCGACGACCAGCUGGUCUCCAUGUCGGUGCGGGAGCUCAACCGGCACCUGAGGGGCUUCACCAAAGACGAGGUGAUCCGCCUCAAGCAGAAGAGGAGGACCUUGAAGAACAGAGGCUACGCCCAGUCUUGCAGGUACAAGCGGGUCCAGCAGAAGCAUCACCUGGAGAACGAGAAGACCCAGCUCAUCCAGCAGGUGGAACAGCUCAAGCAAGAGGUGACCCGGCUGGCCAGAGAAAGAGACGCCUACAAGCUCAAGUGCGAGAAACUGGCCAGCAACGGCUUCCGGGAGGCCGGAUCCACCAGCGACAACCCGUCUUCUCCCGAGUUCUUCAUAACUUUAUCCUGGACUUUGCAAAACAAAGGGAUGGGCCCUGGACAAGCCAUCUAGAAUAUCCGCUUUGGAGUUUUAAAACAAACAGGAAGGAAGAGAAAAAAAGAGGGAGAAUGCACAAAAUUGACCAGAAAAAAAAUCAGAGAGGACAAUACAUGCAAACUCGUAUAUUGCCUGCCUUGAGAGAGUGAUGGAAUUCAGAUGGGACGUUUCUUGCAAGAGAGGAAAGGGGAGAUCAAGAACUCUUCUCGGUUUUAUUGCCUGCUUGAUUAUAUAGAAAAAAAUACAAAAAAUCUGCAUUAAAAAUAUUAAUCCUGCAUGCUGGACAUGUAUGGUAACUUCUAUUUUGUACCAUUUUUUUUCUCGUUUAACUUUUCGCAUGUCGCUGAUCAUCGGCCAUAGCUCCCCCUUGUUGUUACUGUGUUUUUUUUUGAAUUGAGUAAGAACAUGCCACGAGUUAUCACUCUAUAUAAAAGCCCCUCUUUCUAUGCUCGUGCAAUUGUUUGUUCCUAUUCUCUCUUUUUUUUAAAAAAAAAAAUCUGGGCCCGAUCCACCUGGAAGUUCUCCAGCGCAAGCUCCAUUGUAAGGAAUGGGGCGCUACGCAAGAGCGCUAUGGGUGGAUUGAGCCCUCGAAGUUAAGCUUGUAAAUAUCAGCCACUUCGACCCACUCGGGGGAGGGGAAGCCAAACGAAACAGGGGAACAUUUCAGCAGGCUGGUUAUCGCUGGUUAUGGUCGUUCCUUAGGAAAAUAAUGACUUACAGAUAAAUAAGAAUUCUGGGCAUUUUGCAUUCAGAAAACAACUUUGUAUAUUUGGUGCACUUUUGAAGUUGUAACUUUUUAAACAAUUAGUUUUCAUUUUGGUUUUUGUUGGUUGGGCACAGAAUGUCAAACCUAACCUCAACGCCCCCUUCCCCGACCCCAUAACUUGGAAGUCAAAUUAUCGAAACUGAUGGAGUAUAUUCCACCGGAAUGCAUUAUACUUAUAUUUCCAAGGAUGUAGAGGGGAGGGCGGACAAAAAAACCAAGGAAGCAAGUUUCUAGAAGGGGCGAUGGGCGAAUUCCACGUUGUGUCUUUCCUGGAUUGCCCGUCACUCUGUGCAUGCCCUUGGUCCAGGCACCUGAUUUUGUCCUACACUCAGGAAUACAAACCAGAGGUUAGAAUGUGCAAUUAUUCUCCCCUCCACCCAACAACAAUUGGCCGUUUCAUUUCUUAAAGUAGAGAGGUGCUGGUUAAUUUCAAAGGCAGCCUUCUUAGCAGCUCACGUGCUUGAUCUGUGAUGGGAGUUCAGUAGAUCAGUGCAAAAGUCUGAAUUUUCUGAAUGCACGGGUGGCGGGGGGGGGGAGGACAGCUCCUUUUUAACACGCCUGUUUGGAGUGGUGUAUUUCACCUUUCACGUGUAUUCUUUUGCAAAUCUGCUUUUUAAUGAAGCCUGUGAGAGUUUAGCCAAAUUUCCUCACAACUUGGUAUAGUAAUAAUAGAUUUGAGUCUUACCCCUCCCCAUUCCGGUUUUAUUUUUUUUCCUCCUGCAGGUCAGUAAAAGGAUUUUACGUUGCACUGACAAAAAUACCAAAAUGAAAACUUUUUAUUUUUUAGUUUCCUUUUAGGGAUUGCUGGCACUGCUGGCCGGAUGCAUUUUAAGUUUGUAUUAGUUUAUAAAUUAACAGUAAUACCAAGAAUCGUAAUAAAUGAAGAGCAUGGUGCUUGCCGUUUUAAAUAUUGUGGAUAUUAGUUAUGCAUCAGAAAAUACCCCUCGAGCUUUUGGGUUUUUACGGAUUCAACUGUGUUGAAGUCGCAACAUUGCAGCAGCAGAAAAAAAUAUUCUUUUUAUUUCAUGUAAAAGUUCUGAAGGGAUCAAUUUCAAAUCCUGCUUAUGAUAUGAAAAAAUAUUAAAAGAAAACCUCUUGGUCUUAUUGUAGUUUUA